GUUGCUCUUGCCGUUCCAGUGUAAGAAGCAAAAGUCACGUUCUCCGAGCGGUAUAUAAAAGUAUCGAGAAGAAUGAGUGAGCCUCAAUCGAAGAAAGCCAAGAUGACAAGCUCCUUGACGCAGCUAAAGGAAAUAACAACAAUUGUCGCCGAUACCGGUGACUUCCAUGCUAUGGAGCAAUUUAAGCCCAUAGAUGCAACUACAAAUCCAUCUUUGAUACUUGCUGCAGCUAGUCAAAAAAAAUAUGCACACUUGAUAGAUAAAGCUGUACAAUAUGGAAAAAAAUCUGGAUCUAAUUUGACAGAACAAAUUGAAGCAGCCUUGGACAUCACAUGUGUUCUCUUUGGUAAAGAGAUUUUAAAUAUUAUACCUGGAAGAGUUUCUACAGAAGUAGAUGCUAGGCUAUCUUUCAAUAAAGAAGCUAGCAUAGAAAAAGCCAAGAAGCUAAUCGCAUUGUACGAAGAAAUCGGCGUACAUAAAGAUCGCGUAUUAAUUAAACUUGCUUCUACUUGGGAAGGUAUUCAGGCAGCAAAAGAAUUGGAGAAAAAGUAUGGAAUUCAUUGUAACUUGACGCUUCUAUUUUCUUUCGCGCAAGCGGUUGCAUGCGCGGAAGCAGGUGUAACCCUUAUAUCGCCAUUUGUUGGUAGAAUUCUAGAUUGGUAUGUAGCAAAUACAGACAAGAAAUCUUAUGAGCCUAAAGAAGAUCCAGGUGUUAUAUCUGUAACAAAGAUUUAUAAUUAUUAUAAAAAGUUUGGGUAUAAAACCGUUGUUAUGGGUGCAUCAUUCAGAAAUGUUGGUGAAAUUAAGGAAUUGGCCGGGUGCGAUUUCUUGACUAUAAGUCCGAAGUUGCUGGAAGAGUUAGAAAAAAGUAACGAACCAAUUCGCAAAGUCCUUACGGCCGAAGCAGCGAAGAAGUGCGAUCUUCAAAAGAUCAGCUUAGAUGAAGCCAAAUUUAGGUGGUUGCUCAACGAAGAUCAGAUGGCAACGGAUAAAUUAAGCGACGGUAUUCGCAAAUUUGCAGUAGAUGUAUGCAAAUUGGAAAAAUUACUACAAGAAAAACUUCAAUCUUAAAUAUGAAAAAAAGACUCCCUUUAAAAAUGUCUAUCUAAUGAACGUUUUAUUGUAAAUAUUACUGUGAACUAAUAAUUACUUAUUGUUCAAAUGUAUGAUACAUUCCGUUCUUUGUAUCUAUAAAACGAUGUAAGAAAAAUGUACAAAACUGCAUAGAGAUUAUAGUAUGUAUAUUAUUAAAUAAAUGUGGAAUAUCUGUGGGAAAAGUUA